GGUAAAUAUCAAACUCCGCAUCUAUGAACUGUACAGCCGGGCCUCAUGGAGCAAGUCGGCGCCGAGUGGGGCCGACAUGACCGGCGGAUCCACUUAUAUAAACUUUAGGGACUUUUAGGGGCCCCGACUCCAAAGAGAUUUGCCAAUCGGACGAUAAUCAUAUCUCAUCAGACCAUCACCACAUUGGCUAGGCGAGUUAGGGAGGAUUUAGGGAGCUCUGUCCCCUUCAGACCGAUCUUUGGCUCUCCUUGCUCUUUUUCGACUCGAACAUCCGCCCUUUUCUCGAGCAAUAUCUGUGAAGAGACGCGAACAAUUCACCCCUGGCGCACCUGUGCUCGAUCCAACUGCUAGCGGUGACCGCCACACCACGAUUACAACCCACUCCCCACCAGACGAUCAAGACAAGCACUCAGGGACACACAACACCUUCUUACCCAUGACGACGGAAACCAUCACCCAAGAUGAGCGCGCUCAACGGCGGCAGAUGUACCACGAGGCAGACGUGGUCGUCGUAGGCGCCGGCGUGUUCGGAUGCGCCAUUGCCUUUGCCCUCGCGAACCAAGACCGAAGCGUGCUGCUCCUUGAGCGGUGGAUGAAGGAGCCGGACCGGAUUGUGGGCGAACUGAUGCAACCGGGCGGCGUUCAGGCCCUGAAGCAGUUGGGAUUGGGACACACAAUUGAGGACAUCGACGCCAUUCCGUGCACCGGGUACGACGUGAUAUUCCACGGCAACCAUGUCGUGAUUCCGUAUCCAGAAAUCCGAUCUGUCAAUGGCCGCGCCAGUGUUUCGGCCAAAGGCGACGAGAAGGCGGGGGGACCGGCAGGAUGCAGUUUUCACCACGGCCGCUUCAUCACUAAGCUGCGCGAGACGUGCCUCAAGCACCCCAACAUCACCGUGGUAGAGACAGAGGCCAUCAAGACCAUCAAGGGCGAGCACAACCCCGAAAUCCUGGGCGUUGAGGCGCGCACCGUCGACCAGUCUACCGGGGAGAAGAAGCCCGACUUCUUCUUCGGCCAAUUGACCAUCAUCGCCGAUGGCUACGCCUCCAAAUUCCGCAAGCAAUACAUCGACCGAGCGCCCAUCGUGAAGUCCAAGUUCUACGCCCUCGAGCUGAUCGACUGCCCCCUACCUCACCCAGGCUUCGGCCACGUCGUCAUCGGCGACGGAUCCCCGGUCCUCCUCUACCAAAUCGGCACGCACGAGACACGAGCCCUGAUCGACGUGCCCGAGAACUGCCCCGCCGCCGCCCCAUCCCUUGGCGGCGUCCGCAACUACAUCUCCAACGUGGUGCUGCCCAGCCUCCCUCCAGUCAUCCAACCCUCUUUCCGCGAGGCACUGGAAAAGGACAACAAGAUCCCGCGCAGCAUGCCCAACAGCUGGCUGCCGCCGACGCGGCAAUGCUACCCGGGCCUCGUGCUCCUGGGCGACGCCAUGAACAUGCGGCACCCGCUGACGGGCGGUGGCAUGACGGUCGCGCUCAACGAUGUCGUCAUCCUCACCGACCUGCUGGCCCCCGAGCGCAUCCCCAACUUCGGCGACACUGGCGCCAUCGCUUCCGCCAUGUCCACUUUCCACUGGCGCAGGAAGCGCCUCACCUCCAUCAUCAACGUGCUGGCCAUGGCGCUCUACAGCCUCUUCAGCGCCGCCGAUCCGAAUUUGGGCAAGUUGCAGCGCGGCUGCUUCGCUUACUUCGAGAAGGGCAUUACGGCCGACCCCAUGGCGCUCAUGGGUGGCCUGAUCCACAACCCGCUCAACUUGGCGUACCACUUCUUCGCCGUCGCCUUCCUGGCCAUCUGGGUCGACAUGAAGAACACGGGGCUGUGGAACGUGCCCGUCAACUUGUGGAAUGCCAUCUCGGUGCUCUGGACUGCUUCUAUGGUCUUCCUGCCCGUCAUGUGGAGGGAGUUGAUGUGAAUUAUUAGACAACAUGUUUACUUAGAGCUUGGGGAGCAUUCGAUACCAUGGUAGCGGAACCAGCCCGGGAGCAGGGAAAGGGGAUGAAACCAACUCUGUAACCUCUUAAGGAACACGGCAGCUAUCCUGCUGCAAGGCUGAUGACCAGUUCACGGCCUUGCAUUUUGGCACAUAAAGGGGCAAGAGGGAGUGGGCAUGAGACGCAUAGCUCAGCUCAGGUCGGCGUGGUAAUUAGGGAGUGCGUAUAUAGUAUGGCUUCUAGGUUUUCUGCAUAUACCUCGCAACUAGGUAGUCUUUAAUCCUAAUAUUGCCCAUUGGCAUCCGAUACGAUUCGUUGAGGCCGAGUACUACCCGACGUUUCAACCAUAUGUAUUGGGGUCUGAAGUCGAUUAGGCAAUAUGCUACACAGCCUUUGAAU